GGAAGGAGGGUUCAUCCAGAGGAGGCUGGGAGGACUUUUUAAACACCCUCCAUUAUUGCCUAUCACUGCACUUGCUCUUCCCGAGGCAUCCUCGCCGCCUCUCCCUGUUAGUGGAACUUGUUGAAAGAUAUUUAGUCCCUCGGUUCCUAUCUCGCCUUGGCCCUGGAAAUACACUGGAAGUCGUCUCUUUGCGCACUGCUGCUGCUUAAUUUCCACACCGGCUCUGGGGAGAGCGUUUCCCCCUCCCCCAGCCUCCCAUGGCCUCCCUGCCUGCAUCCUCAGUCCAGGCAUGACCAUCACCCCUAAAAAACACAGAGUUCAGCCUGGUUCCUCUUUCAACAACACAAGUCCCAGAUCCAGUCGCGUGCAGAUGGAUGAGGUGGAAGGCCUCCGGUCGAAGCUCGUCCCCGAGGACUCCGUGUUGCUGGCUUCCUCGUUGGCUGAGCCCAUCAACCUAGAAGAUUCCCAUUAUGCUGUGCUGCGAGGGGAGCUGGAGUCCGACCACCAGAACCUGGAGGCGGAGUCGUGGGGCGUGUCUGUGGACCAGAACUACCUAAGGGCCCUGAGCAAAGAGGCUGUUAAGAGACAGGAAGUCAUCCAUGAGUUGAUCCAGACGGAGAAGCACCACGUGCGCACCUUAAAAUUCCUUCUCCAUGUCUACGUGCACGAGUUGAGGCAGUCUCUGCUGAUAGAGGAGGCCAUGCUGGAGAGGCUCUUCCCUGGGGUGGAAGACCUGCUCGUCCUCCACCAGCACUUCCUUGACUGCCUCAAAGUGCGCAAACACCAAAGUCAGGAGGAAGGAAGCCCACACAACUACCAGAUCACACAGCUGGGAGAUAUUCUCAUCGCUCAGUUUUCAGGUGUACUGGGAGAAAGAAUGAUGGGGUGUUACAGUGAAUUCUGCGGUCAUCACAGUGAAGCCAUCAGCCUCUACAAAGAGCAGCUGCAGAAUAACAAGAAAAUGCAGAUCCUUAUUGGGAAAAUACGUCUGCUUCCCCUCGUGCGACGGUUGGGAAUCCCCGAGUGUUUUCUGUUGGUGACUCAACGCAUCACAAAAUAUCCCGUCCUGGUGGAGCGACUCAUACAGAACACUGAAGCUGACACAGACGAGUACAGGUCUCUGGUGCAGGGUUUGGCGCUGAUCAAAUACACCAUCUCGCAGGUGAACGCUCAGGUCAGUGAAUACGAGAAAGCCGCUCGUCAGAGAGAGAUCGCCCUUCGUCUGGAGCCCAAAUCUCAGGGCCGGCUGAAGGACGGCCGGCUGCUCCGCAGGGAGGAUGUGAUCCAGGGGAACAGGGCACUGAUACACGAAGGCCCCUUCACCUGGAAGUCCUCCGGGAGACAAAAAGAGAUCCAUGCUGUGCUGCUGUCAGACAUGCUGCUCCUCUUACAAGAGAAAGAUCAGAAGCUGGUGUUUGCUGCUGUGGAUAGCAAACCACCGGUGAUCUCCCUUCAGAGGCUAAUCGUCAGAGAGGUGGCUCACGAGGACAAAGCCAUGUACCUGAUCUCUGAAUGCACCAGCACGCCGGAGAUGUACGAGAUCCACGCGCGCUCCCGAGAGGAAUGCAUCACGUGGACGGCGCUGAUACGACAAGCUGUGAACAGCUUUCCAGAAGAGGAGCUGUACCUUGAACUGACUGCUACACUGCAACGAUUUCAAGAUAAUCUUAAAACGAGGGAUGAGCUGAUAAUCCAGUGUCUGACAGAGAAGCAGCAGAUCUUUGCUGCUCUCUACGAGACGAUAACGGAGCAGGAAACCCCCCACAAAGGACUGCUGCUCCGAGGAGACGCCACUGACCUCCAGCAGGGGACGACACUGCUCAGAGGAGCCAUCAAUGAGGUGGAAAACCUGCAGAACCUGCUCUUCACAAGGAUAAAAGACCCAAACCUUCUAUUGGAGGAGAGUGAGACGCAGGAGGAGCUGCUCUGGAAGGCCGAGACCUCUGGAGCGGCUGAUGGUAACCCUGCUGAAAGUAACCCUGCUGAAAGUAACCCUGCUGAAAAUGGAGAUGCAGCUGGCAGCGAGGGCAGUCAUGCCACUAGUGACCAUCUGCUCCAGGAGAGUUACAGCUCUGAGAGCCUGCAACAGUGUGCUGAUGACGACACACAGAUGCCAAACUGUCAUUUUCCUGAGGCAGAGGUGUGUGACCGGGUGAUACUGCUCGCACAGAGGCUGUACAGCUUAGAAGCAAUAAUCGCCCAGCAGGACAGCCAGAUCGAGCUGCAGCACGCUUUUCAGACAAAGAGCAAGCAGCCCGCUCGUCACUACAAUAGCGUGCUGCUGGAGCAGGAGAAGCGGCGCAACUCGGAGAAGCAGAAGGAGGAGCUCUCCAACUUGCGCAAGCUGCAGGUCCAGCAUCGGGAGGAGCAGCAGCGCUGGGAGAAGGAGAAGGAGCAGCAGAGGGUGCAGAUUGAGACCCUUGAGGCUCAGCUGCAAAAGAGGGAGGAGGACUGCCGAGGGUGGGAGGAGAAGCUCAACGGAGAGAGGGCUGAGCUGGAGGGGCUGAAGGAAAGCUAUCAGCAGGACCUGGAGAGGCUGAGGGAGUCCACGAGAUCAGUAGACCGGGACAAGGAGCGACUAAAUCAGGAGAGGGAGCGUCUGGAGCAGCUGCAGGAGAAAGUGAAGAAGUUCUACCCAGGGAACUAUGAUGAUCCUGCACACUUCUGGAGUCUCUCCAGUCAGCAGUCGUUCAGAGGAAGCAUAGUGAACGGAGAUGGGACCUUAACUCCAAAGACCCACUUGUUGUUUCCCACAAACUCCACUUCCUUGGAAAUUCCUCCAAAGGUUCCACCGCGCAGGGAGAGCAUCAUGCACGCCAAGCCCGAGCUGCCAGUCCACCUGAUCAGCACCACCAAACAGGUGCACAAACCUGUGUCCGUGCAGCAGCAGAUCCCCACCAAGCUGGCUGCUCUGUCCAAGGGAAAGGAGAAAGUCUUGAAGAAGAAGAAGGGGUCCCACCAGAGAACGCACAGUGCAGCCUCUAUAGACGUAAACCAGAUGCUGCCCAUCCGAGUGACCGGGAAAGAAGGAGGCAGUCUGAGAGCCAAAAGUAACAGCAGGCCUCUGAGAAUCUACCAAUCAGGUGCCUUCACCCCACCAGGAUUCAUCCACAGUGUGAAAACAUCUCAGUCCUUCAGCACCAACAAGAGGAGCGAUGACGCUCCACCACCGCCGCCUCCUUUUCCUGAUGAUAUUCUCGAUGCGGACAAACAGAGGGUAACAUUCCUUUAAUCAUAAACUACAGACUGGAGUUCGGAUGAGGACUUUUACUCUUGGAGAGACAGAUGGGGCUGUUGAAAGACAUUGGACAUGACUUCAUGACGUCCAUGUGUGUCCAGUGUGAAGAGGACAGUUAGUAUCAUGAUAUUUUAUUACUAUAAACCAGCUGUUUGUGUUCAGAUUAGCUGGACAGGGGAAAAAAAGUGAAGAAAUACUAAUGGACAUAAUUUAUAAACAUAUGUAAAAUUGUCUUGGAGGUUCAAAAAUAUGUAAAAAGCUUGACCGAAAUACUUUAGAGAAGAUAAUAUUUUAAGAGAAGAUGGUACAAGACCUUUUGUUGCCAAAGUUUUUUUUUUUUUUUUUAAAUCAUUUUUAUUUUAAAUGGAAGUAGGUUCAGCAUUAGCACUUGCGUCUUAACUCAAAUGCAUUCAUUUUAAUUGAAUGAACGAUAAAGACGAAGUCUGUUUAAAUAGAAGGUGCCAAGCACCAACGUUUUAUUUCAGAAUGAAUCGGGUGAUCAUGGAAUGUGUGCAGUGGUCCUGCUCCGCGGUACAACUUGUAUUCAAAUCAUGGAUCGAUGGGGUGUGUGGAGGAAACUACGCGUUAUUGUUUGUUAAUACUGGUAGUCAGCUGUUGUGUGCGCUUCCUCACUAGAGACGGUGACAGAAGGUUUGUUUCAGUUUACAACCAGAUAACCGCCAGAAGCAUUUAUGAGCACGAAAGAGAACUAUUUGUGAGUGACAUUACCUGUUUAAAAAAAAAUGUUCUGGCAUGAUUCAACAUUAUGUUGAUGAUUGACCGCUGUCUCUUUUUGGUUCCGUUUAAAGUUUAAUCCCAGUCCCAACUAAUGGGUCAGGAAUAAAAAGAUGGUUGACUUGACAGCUUUGAGUUUUUUUGUGGAUUGACUCCAAGAAAACCUAAAACUGUUUUAAAGAUACUGACCUGCAGGUGACUCAAAACUUUGAGUGACGUCGAGGUGCAUUCAGGUACCUUUUACUUGCUCCGGUCGUUUCCUUUAUCCAGCAAAGUAUCUCAAUUUAACGCACCCUCACGUUCAUCACUUUGGCUGAUCAGAUCCAGAACUUUUAAAGGAUAAAUUCACUUAAUUUCUCUUGUUGAAUGAAUGUGUUAAUCCCUUGGAAAUGUUCUUAGCAUGUGUGAUUUGUCUCGUAUACCGCUCAGGUGAAACCUGAGGAUGUAAAAUGAAAGCAGGAAAUAGUAAUAGUGUGUGAUUUUAAACCAGGACUACAUGGAGGCCUAUAUUUAAAAAGAAGCAUGGUAGUGGGUCAGAUAGUGAUCCAGUAUAUGAAGAACUCUUCCACUCUGAGGGACUGAGCUGAGGCAACAAGGACGCUCUUUGUCAGACUGCUGUUCAUUCCUGCAGUCCUAACAGCAGUGGACCUUUUUCACAGCUGGAUGGUCUCGAUGAAAAGACACAUUCAGACUCAGAAACCACUGCAAUGAUUUGUGUUUGGCGUCAAGAUAUCUGAAAACUAACACGGACGCCAUCCUGACCGAAGCUGUUGGGAACCAAUCAAAACCUGUAAACUAGAGACUUAAUCUGAUGUAAUGUUGUGUGACAAAAACCCAGCACACUAAAUAUCAAAUACAAUGUUCCUUUAUUAUAUGUAUUCCUCAACAGAGGCUUCAAAAACCACUUGGUGACAACAAACUAUACCGGUGAAUGAAUAAUCUCAUGUCCUGGAAAACACUGCUGUUGAAUCAGUCCAGACAACUAAGCUGCUCUCAUGUCACCUCGGAACAAAUUCUUUAUUUAUUUCAACAUUUGACCUCGACUUCCACACGGGGAUGUUGAACUUGAUUAAUAGGCAUCAUAAAUGAGUGAGAAUCAGAACUACAUCUGGCUCACAGAGCAAAGUGCUUGCUGGCCUCUGGUGACGAAGAUGAAACCCUCGGGUCAGAAGUGGACUUUCAUAAGAAAAGCAGAGUGAAUAUAUGAUCUAAGGAUACCGUGGUUUCCAUUUCUUUAAAGUUAAACCCGUUGUGUGUACAUAAACAUAUACAGACAUGAACCAACAACUUUUGUAUACGUGAAUUAAAAAAUAUUGUGCAAAUGCUUCGUACAAACUAAUCUAGGGACAUCGGUAACACGACCCGUCACUCGCUCCUCAGCGCGUACAUUAAACUACAACACCGCAUCAUUUAGAGUUCAGUACUUUUAAAGCAGCUGUUACACUUGACUUCUUCUACUUUACCUCCCGACACGGACACAGUAAGGCUGAAACCAACUCUUAAGACAACAUGAUUAAUACCGGGGAGAACAAAAACAGCAAUCCCAACAUUUUAACUGUCACACCAGAUUAUACACCGGUUUUAUAUAAAAAGGACAAAAUCAUAGCAUGCAAAUGAAAAUAUACCAAAAGUAAGAUGAGAAAAAUUCAACAAAUGUUUAAAAAAAGAAAAUCGAAUAGCUUUGGCUCAGUCAUUUUAAAGAAACUCCUCUGCUAUCCCCGCUGUACUUUAUACUGUGACACUGUAGUUUAUGGUGUAAUGGAGGUAAAAACAGGUAUAAUGGCUUAUGUAGUGUGUGUUUGUGUUUGAGAACAGGUUUUUCAAGCAUACUGAGACUUUUAAGGCCCUGUCACACCAGAAAAUGGCACAGUGAAGUAUUUGAGAGGCCUGGUGACUACUAGUAGGUGAACCACUGUAGCUGGUGAGCUAACGGCUAACACAUUAGCCUGCCCAAAACAUGCUGCCGCUAUUGUCACAAAUGAUCUCAAAGCUCAUUUGUUUUAUCUUUAUUGGACCAUUAACUUGUUAAGAUAGUACACCAUUUCAUUUGAUGAAGACUUAUUGAAGAGGGAAAUACGCAUUUGAUUUAAAAUGUCGUUUUGUGCCAUUGACUCCCAUCUCAUGACUGUAGGGUUACAUCUAACUAUUACCUCCAUUAUCGAUUAGUAUGUCGAUUAUCCAAGUUUGGAUUAAUUAUUUUCUCGUUUUGCUCCAAAAAAAAAGAGACUGAAACACCGAUUUGAUUAUUAAAAUAAAUGCUGGUUAAUUUUCUGUUGAUCGACUAAUAGCUGCAGCUUGCUCUCUCAGAGGAGGUUAAGUAAGAUGUUGCCUAUUAUUAUAAUGCGUCACCGAAGUUGAAAAACUAGUGUGGCGUUACCUCGCCCCUGUGAACAAAUCCACUUACUGCAUUGAUUCAUUGUUUUUCCUACAUGUCGCUUCUUGUGACUGGGCCUUUAAAGCCGUUGAGAGCCUCAGCUUAGUGUCGUGGGAGCAUUUAGUGUUUGAAAGCUUGUGUAGCUUCCAGAUUUGGCUUUGAGAGUGCAGACUGGUAAUAGAAGGUGUUUUAUACUCGAUGUGUUCGUCAGUUUCGAUGCCCCGACCUCGUGUGUCCAAUCCUGGCGCUCUGCUGAGUCAGCCAUUCAGAGAGCACAGGUCUCAUCUCUUCCCUUCACACCAAGUGCAAAUAAACAUCGGUACUUAAAAAAUGCCCGUUGACUGAGACACGAUGCAGAAAAAAAACAAAAAACUCAACAACAAAUAAUGCAUGACGUGAAAUGUAAAAUGCUGUACUGGACGUCUUUUCAGUUAGAUUUGUUUCCCACUUCAUCUUUCUUGGCUGGGAGCGUGUCCUGAGGCGGGUAACGGGGCGAGUCCUCUUCUGUGCUUUCUGUCUCCGGUUUAGUCAAGUGAUCGUCUGUCUGCGGCGCUGCACUUUGUGUACAGUUGAUCGGUGCGAGCACUAUGGCAGGCUGCAGGGGACAAAAACAGGGUCUAUAUAAGAUGGCUGAAUUGUGUGGAGUAGAAAAUUAAAUGUAAUGAUAGCAGAAGAUAGAAAAGCCUUAGAUAGGACAAACAAAACCAAAGAAUAUACAGUUAUUCCUCUGUCUACGGGCUGUAUGGACCCCUGUUACAUGUUGUCAGAGGUAUUCCUGUACGCAAAGAUAAAAAGUCCCAGAUAUGCAUAAAGAAAGGAGAAGCAUAGCAAAGAAAAACCCACAGGGAUGAGUUCCACUACACACCGCACAGAAAACACAUGCUAACUCUGUAGGAAAUAAUGUGAGCUAAUCUCAAUCACUAUGAGCACCACCAACAUUAGCUUCAGUAGAUGCUAACCACAAGUCUAUAACAGGGGUGUGCAAAAAAAACAAAAACAAACAUCUACUCAUAAGGGAAAAAAAAACACAAAAAAGGGACCUUCAGUCACACCAAGAUGUUUAAUGGUAGAGUGUAAAGGAGCCCAAAUAGAGUACCUGCAGUGCCAUUCACAGACAGCUGAGCCCUCAGCAGCAGACUAGAGCACACAGUAAAAUAAAGGAGCAGCAAUGGGAGGG